AUGGCUUACCAGCCUCCUCAGAGUCAUACUGCCAGAAUUUCCCACACCACAGAAGAUCUUCCCCAUCCACACAUCGAAGGCUAUGAUCAUGCCAAGAUCAUUGGCCGCCUUCAAGAGAGCUUGAAAAGGGAUCGUUCUUUAAAGGCCUCCAUGAAGAGAGGUAGUCGAGCUGUCAUCGAUGUAGCUCAAUUGAUGCCGCCAUUUGCAGACGAAGAGCGAUUGGAUAUCAAAUAUGGGUUCAAGUACCAUAUUAAAGAGCUCUUCAAACACCCAAGGGCCGAAAUCAAGUUGCUCAGUGACAAGUUUAAGCGCAAGAUCUCGUUACCUCCUUUUGAUGGGCUCCAAGAGGAAUUGAAGGUGUUUGACCACCUACCAACCGAGCCAGAUAGUUUCAAAACCCUCGAAAAGUUUGUUGAGAAGCAGCUGAUGCUCUGCUCAAGCUCGAUAGUACGGCCGAAGCUGUGUGGAUUGCGUCCAAGAAGCAUUAGGCCUGCUGUCUUUUAUGGCACCCCCAGAAAAAAGCUCUUCCUCAGAAUUGAUCAAAUUAUAUCUUGUAUUGAGCAGGAGAAGACCCUAACAGACCAUUGCAACAAAACGACUCAAAGACACCGAAUCGAUGCUCUCUUAGCCGACUUGAGCUCAGAACUCGAUACCUUAAACGGCAAGGUGAACCAAAGGCUUCUUGAAAUAUCCAAAACCUACAUCAAUUACAGUCUGACGAUGAUGCGUUGCCUGAAGAUGAUGAAGGAGCUAUUCGAGGAUCAUAUUAUUUUUCGUCAGAAAAUGAUAAAAGAGUUCACAAUCAACGGUGACUUCAAGGGCUCCCCAUCCACACGAAGAGCUCUCACGACGCAACUAACCACCCUACAGUCAUUGACUUUCCAGAUGUACUCCAUCCACAAUCAAAUAGCUGCUCGCCGAAUCAGACUAUGUGGAGAUCUUCGAGUCUUGAGCACAAUUGACUCGAGGAUUGAGGAGUAUUACAAGGAGAUUGCCUUGCUCCACCCAUCUUUCAAAAGCUUGAGAAGGAAAUCAAACAGCAUUCGGCGACACGGUUUCCGGCCCUUCAAUCGGGCAAUUCUUGACCACUGCAAAUUCUGUGGAGAGGCAUUUCAGGUUAUUAUUCCUCUACGAGAUCGGAUCGUUAGAGAGAUGGAAGACCUCUAUGCGGCCCUAGUUCGCUUUUGA